AUGGCACUAAACGAGAUACGCGGUCGCCUAGCCCUAAUCACAGGCGCAUCAGGAGGAAUCGGAGCAGCAUGUUCUCACCAGCUAGCACAACGUGGAGUUCACCUGGCACUGACUUACUCCACUAAUUCGACAUCAAUAAACGAACUUGUCAAAGAACUACAAUCCAAAUAUGCCGAGAACAAGCUGCGCAUUUCCACUCACAAAGUGGAUGUUGGAUCCGCCGACCAAAUCGAGUCCCUGUUCCACGAGAUUGACACCCAACACGGCCGAAGACCUGAUAUUCUGAUCUCAAAUGCCGGAUACGGGAAACGAAUAACUAAUAUAUGGGACAUCCCGCAUGAGGAGUUCGAUUACAUGAUUAAAGUUAAUCUUCGCGCUUCUUUUGUUCUUGUCAAAGGUGUGGUAGAGCACAUGAAGGCGCAAAGAUGGGGCCGGAUUGUGUUCAUGUCUUCGAUUGCUGCUUAUGGGGGAGGCAUUAAUGGAUGUCAUUACGCAGCGUCCAAGGGAGGGCUUACGGGAAUGAUGAAGAAUCUUUCUACCCGUCUAGCGGAAUACAACAUCAGUGUCAAUGAUGUUGCGCCUGCUAUGAUAGGUGAUACGGGUAUGGUUCCCAAUGCUUCGGCAAUCCAAGAUACAGUGGCAACUAUUCCUUUAGGUCGGCUGGGUACCCCGGAGGAGACGGCGAAUGUGGUCACAAUGUUGGUUACUACUGGAUAUAUGACGGGCCAGAGUCUCUUGUUGUCCGGAGGGUUGAAAUAG